AACCUUCUUUUCCUUGCAGUGAUGAGGUCGCUUCCUACACUUUUCUUGCUACUUUCCUUGUCAUUUUUCUUUUCACUUUUCUUCUCAUUCUCCUUUCUUGUCAUCCUUCUCCCUUCUCCAUCGCCACUGCUUCCCCUUUGCCUUCCUUUUAAACUAUUGACCGCUGUUAAAAUAAAUGCUUUCUCAGAAUUCGCUAAACGAGCCUGAGGACUUCGUAUUCUUUUUGGAGUUCGACGAUAUACCAGAUACAUCGAUCGAUACCCCUUCAGCAAUUGACGAUGCAAGCUGGCUCGAUCUAUUAAACCAGAAAGACCAACAGGAGCACUCGCACACCGCUAUCCCUUCCAAUACUGCAGUACUGGAAUACUAUAGAUGUGCAUCAAUUCCUUCCGAAUCCGAAUGUUACCAAGAAAUGAAUGUCAUUGAGGCCCAAAGAGUAUCCUCGGCCUUAGUAUCCUCUUCAUCUAAUCGUGUAUUACCUGGUACAUACGAUCAGGAAAUGCCCAUGGUUGCCGAUGCUCUGUCAAGCUACACACCUUCCUACUCAUCUCCCUCUACUUUCUCGCCCUCUUCCUCUUUGCCAUUAUCCUCGCCCUAUUCUUCUACGUCAUCUUCAUUCGCUUCAUCCUCAUCUCCCCCUUCAUCCUCUUCCUCACAGCUCAUGGCAGCUUCUUUGGUAAAGCUUCCUGAACAUGCCUGUCCUUAUUGUAGUAAAGCUUUGACCAAUGCCUCCAAUCUCAAAGCCCACAUCAGAACCCAUUUUCCAAAGGAAAAGAAAUACUUUUGUGAGGUAGAAGGAUGCAGUAGUCGUUUCCUGAGGAAUGCUGAACUUAUACGACAUAAAGGAACGCACUCCCCUACAAGUACGUUUCGCUGUGAAUAUUGUAUGAAGCGUUGUAAGAGGAAAGAUACCUUAAAGAGGCAUCAAGACAAGAGCUGUAGAGCUAACCCCACAGCUAGGAAAUACAAGCCUUAUGUCUAACAUGGCUCGCUCCGUGCCUGGUGACGCAAACCCGAAAUCCGAUAGAGCCGG